UUAAUUUCAUGUUCACAUUACCAUAUUCAGACGUGAAUUGGAACGGCGAAAUGGGUACCAACCAAAGUAACACUUCUAUGCCUGUCAGCGGUACCUCCAUUUGGGCUGAAUUUGAGAACGACUGGUUUGCUCAAGGCGUUUCGCGGCUGGCAUACAAAGGCACCUACCAUGGUGAUUGGCGUUAUGAAGGCAAGAAGUGCGUGGUGAAGCUGUACAAAGAACAGUGGUGCGAGCUCCUUGGAGAGGCAGCGUACAAGGCUGACGUACGGGCCUCUUAUAAAGCCCACGAGAUGGCGCAAAUAUUCAACCGAAAGCAUCCAACCAACAAACCGAUCGAGUUCAUCAUUCCAAAGAUCUCUAAGAUCGACACGUCGGCAGCCUUCAAGUUCCUCGGACUGUUUCGGAUCCCGAAGAAAGUAAAGGGAAAACUGGCAGGCACCCAGGCUUCCUCGACGGAGAUGAUCCCCAAGGGAUCCAGCGUGGCGAUCGAAGACUUCCUGGAGGGCGACUACGUCAAGUUCCUGAGCAACUCGUCGUACGUGAACCACGGGAUUCCCACCUUCCUGCCGGCCGCGUUCAGCCACUUCACCUUCCACGAGUCCCGCGGGCAGGUCCUGGUGUGUGAUCUCCAAGGGGUGCGGCGAGAGCGGAGUUACACCUUCACCGACCCUGCCAUCCACAGCUGGGUCGACCAUGACCUCGGCUUCUACGGCCCGACCGACCUGGGAGUCUUCGGGAUGAUCAAGUUCUUCCAAAACCACCAUUGCAACCACAUCUGCAGAGGGUUCCUGACGCCUGACUUGUCAAAGGUUCCGAGAGACGUUGCAGCGGACAUCAACCGCAUACUGCAGGCCAUUCAGAUCAGGAGCGGGUCGACGUUCACCUAUGAACUGCAGCGCACCGGAGUCAGAGUGUCCCGCAUGUGUGAAAUUCAGGAUGAGCUCGUUUUACAGGCAAAGUAGAAAUUUUAAGUAAAUCCCACGCAUUCCGAAAUGAGAAUCAGUCUCAGUAAGUUUUUCCGAAAGAUAAAUUUUAAUUUUUCUGAACAAUAAUUUUGUACAUACACUAUUUAAAAU